UCUCUCUCUCUCUCUCUCUCUUUCUUCUUCCAUAGGAAGAGAAGACGAAGAAUCGGUAUAGACGAUAGACGACGACUUGGGCUGUUUCUGCUCUUUUUAACUACUGUAUACCGAUGGGCGAUAGAAUCCCACCUGGAAGUUACUUCCAAUACUCCCCUUCUGGAGUCCAUGCUUCUCCUCACAGGCCUUCUUCUGCUUCUUUAGAUCGAGAAAGCAAUGGAAGAUAUUUGGCUGAACUGUUGGCAGAGAGGCAGAAACUGGGACCAUUUAUGCAAGUUCUGCCGCUUUGCAGCAGGCUUCUCAACCAAGAAAUUGUACGAGCAUCUGGCAUGGUGCAAAAUCAAGGUUUUGUGGACCAUGAAAGAAUUGAGCAUGAGAGUCCACUGAGAUCUACAUCUACAGUUCAACACCCGAAUGGUGGACCCAUGGAUUUGGAGGGAUGGCCUGUGAUUCAACCAGAGGAAAAUGGAACUCUUCAAAGAAUGGGCUCCUUUCAAGCUUCUCCAAUUGGUUGGCAUGGGGCACCUGGAGUUACAACCAGUCCUGUUGUAAAGAAGGUUAUUAGACUAAAUGUUCCAGUUGACAACUUUCCCAAUUACAACUUUGUUGGUCGACUCUUGGGACCACGAGGGAAUUCCUUGAAAAGAGUUGAAGCUACAACACAAUGUAGGGUGUACAUAAGAGGUCGAGGUUCUGUGAAGGAUUCUGUUAAGGAAGAAAAACUCAGAGAUAAACCUGGAUAUGAGCACCUAAAUGAGCCUUUACAUGUGCUGGUGGAGGCUGAAUUUCCAGCAGAUAUGGUAGAUUCUCGUCUGAAUCAAGCUGUGUCAAUAUUAGACGACCUUUUGAAGCCUGUGGAUGAAUCCUUGGAUUACUACAAGAAGCAACAAUUAAGGGAAUUGGCUAUGCUAAAUGGUACACUGAGAGAGGAGAGCCCGAGCAUGAGCCCGAGCAUGUCUCCCUUCAAUAGUGCAGGGAUGAAACGAGCCAAGACAGGACGAUAACCCUUAUGUUCUAGUUGAAGCUUUAGGGGAGUGAUUAUGAUUUCUCACCAGGUUCUUAAAAAAGCCAGUCUGUGAGAUUAUGGUCUCUGAAUGAGUUACCAUCUUGCGAGUAUCUUGGGGAGGCUGUGAAAUUUCAACUGGUUAGUUGUACUGGGAGUCGUUUAUAAGAUUUGGUGUUAGACGUAUCUCAGAUGGGUUUGUAUUCAAUCAUUGUUUGUUCCAUAAGUCGUUAAGCCUAUUUUCAGUUAUCUAUUCUUUCUUGUAUCAUUCCCCUAAAAUUAUACUGGUCAAUUUCAUUAGUACGGGAUGGCUCCAUUCAGUGCUCCCCUGGAUGAUUUUCUUAUACUAACAGUUGUUCAGUCUAAUGUUUAAUGUACUUGGGAGUCUUUGCAUUCUAUGGCAGAUACAUGCAUAAUUUUAUUCAUGCAUGUUUUGGGUGUAAACUUAAAUGUCAUGCUUGUAUUAUAUUUUUAUUUGGUU